UGGGAGACAGAAAGUCAAACCCUUUCUGCUGCAGCAAGGCUCCUCCUCAAGAUGGGCACCGUGCACUACCUCCUGCUCUGUGCUGUCAUCAUCCUACCUGAGACUCCUGCUUUACCACUACAACUGAAAGCAGAGUCAGGGAGCAGCACGGACCUUGAGAAAGUAAAGGGCUAUCUUGAUAAAUUCUUUCCAAUUUUCACAAAAACACAAAACCUAAGCAUAGAAGAAAGGAUUAAAGAAAUGCAGAAAUUUUUCCACCUCACUGUAACUGGAAAAUUAGACACAGAAACAGAAAAAAUAAUGAAACUGCCCAGGUGUGGUAGGCCCGAUGUAUCAAAUUACCAAACAUUGCCUGGAACUCCAAAAUGGGGAAAGACAAAUUUAACUUACAAGAUUCUCAGUUACACAGCUGAUCUACCCAGAAGGAAAGUAGAUGAUGCAAUUAAAAGGGCCUUGAUGGUAUGGAGUGAUGUGACUCCACUGCAGUUCCGAAGAGUCUACCUGAGGCGGGCAGACAUUGAGAUUAGAUUUGCACGUCGUGAGCAUGGUGAUGGAUAUCCUUUUGACGGAAGUGGUGGCACACUGGCCCAUGCUUUUGAACCGGGAGAAGGGAUUGGUGGAGAUGCUCAUUUUGAUGAUGAUGAAAAAUGGUCAGAGAUCAAUCAAGAUAUCAAUUUGUUCCUCGUUGCUGCUCAUGAAUUUGGCCAUUCUUUGGGACUUGAUCAUUCAAAUGUCACUGGAGCUCUGAUGUACCCUAUCUACUCAUAUCAGAACCCAGAAACCUUUAGACUUCCAGAGGAUGACAGGAGAGGAAUUCAGAAGUUAUACGGGAAAAAGCCAUCAAGCUCUUGAAGAAAGUGCUUAAUGAAGAUCAGAGAAUUCACAUCUCAUUGUUUUGGUGUUCUAAAGCAAUUUUAAUCCUCUGGCUAAUCAAGAUAGUAAACUCCUGAGCUGCACUUUCUCUCCCUGAAUUUUUAUAUUGAUUCAUUUGCACCUUACACAAUUUCACCUAACAAUAAUAAAAGAAUAUUU